CUUCCGGGUUCACACUCACAAGAACAGGUUGGAGAUAAAUCCAAUGGAGUCAUAAUUUUUGUGUACAUAACCGUGUGUCCCCGCUGAAGGGAUAAAUUGUACUUGUAUUACCGCAUUUAGAAGCUGUGCUGAACGUUGUUGUGAAGCUGCCGUUGGUUUAACGUUAGCUCGUGCUCCGUGUUAGCUGAACAUGUCUGCGGAGGAAGCGGACAAAACAACCACCACUGAUGCCAGCGCCGGAGAUGAGGAGGAGGAAUGGCUGUAUGGAGAUGAGUCAGAGAGCAAAGAUGAGGACGAGGAAGCCAAACUGAAUGCUGCACUCAGUGCACCUGGUGAUGCCUCAACAGAGGAUGCCGCUGCUGAUGCGGCUGCACACGCUACAGGGAAUGGAGUGGCCUCUGAGGCGACAGCUGAAGCUGCAGGUGAGGACGUUGACAGUGACAGCGACAGUGACGACGACGACGAUGAUGUCCGUGUCACCAUUGGAGACAUCAAAACUGGAGCACCACAGUACACACCUUAUGGAGCUCCGCCUGUCAACCUCAACAUUAAGACAACAGGCUCCAGACCCUAUGGACAAGCCUCCAAGAUGAAGGGAGUGGACCUGGAGGCUCCUGGAAAUAUAAACGGGGUUCCCGUGCUUGAGGCGGACAUGGAGUCCUUUGAAGAAAAACCCUGGAGGAAACCAGGAGCGGAUCUGUCUGACUACUUUAACUACGGCUUCAAUGAAGACACAUGGAAGGCUUACUGUGAAAAACAGAAGAGACUGCGCAUGGGCCUUGAGGUCUCCACUGUCGGCUCAGUGACAAGCAAGAUCACUGUUCAGCAAGGCAGGACGGGCAAUGAGAAGGACAUACCCAGUUUACCUGUUCACACCUCCAAGCCAGACUUCACAUCUCCUGUCAGUCUGUACAAGCCUGCUGUCAGUCAGGUCACCAGGAUCUCUCCCCCUCAGUGGCCUGGCCCACCUGUUCAGGACAUGUCCUAUUAUACGAAGCCCAGUGGUACUAUAGAUGUGAUUGGCGGAGGGACAGCCACCAUCAGCAGGGUUGAAGGGCGACGCAGACACAAUCUAGAAGGCAACAAUAUCCAGGUGAUCGCUGAACAAUCAGACGCCGAGCCGACUCCAGCUAAAAUUCCUACUUUCUUCCCUCCCGGACCGCUUCCUCCAAACAUACCCCCACCUCCGUUCCUCCCUCCACCACCCAACGUCAACACUGCACCCCCACUCAUCCCCCCACCCAGGUUGCCCAUUACUGUCCCUCCUCCUGGUUUUCCUCCUCCACCCAGCGGGCCCCCUCCAUCAAUUAUCCCCACAAUGGACAGUAGCCAUGGUGGAGGUUAUGAUGGACGCUCUGUCCCUCCAUACCCAUUCCCUCAAGGUGCAUACCCUCCACCCAUGGCUGGAGGUGUGCCUCCUCCUUGGCCCCCCAUAAUGGACAACUCUAAACCCUGGGACUACUAUUCUCGUCGAGACGACAAGAGAGAGAAGGAAAGAGAAAGACCCCGAGAGAGGACACAUGAGAGGGAGAGAGAGAGGGAACACAGUCCUUCAGCUAUCGGCUACACCAGCGACGAGGAGCGGUAUCGUUACCGUGAGUACCAGGAGCGUGGUUAUGGAGAGCGUCAUCGUGACCGGUCGAGCCGGGAGAAAGAGGAAAGACACAGAGAGAGACGGCACCGAGAGAAAGAGGAGGGACGCCACAAGUCCUCUCGCAGCAGCAGUAGCAGGAGGAGGCACGACAGCGAGGAGGGCGACAGCCACCGGAGGCACAAACACAAGAAGAGCAAGAGGAGCAAGGAGGGCAAGGAGGCCAGCGAGGACAUCAGCGCAGACCAAGAAAACCAGGAAGCCAUGGAGUAGUGAUCGCCCCCUCCUGUUUUGCCUCUGUCUGUCUCUGGUCCCGUCUGUCCCUCUGUGUCUCCCACCGAGAUGAGAAAGAAGGAAAGGGAGACGAUGAGCGCAGACCAACAAAACCAGGAAGUCGCAGAGUGAUCGAUGCACCCUGUCACUCCCCUCUCCAUCAAUCUCAAUUCUCCUCCACAGUCCUGUCGUUCAUCCUCACCAUCACAGAGAAUGGAUGGAGCAGAGGAGGUGGUAAAGGAGGGAUGGUUGUCAGUCGUACUUCAUCUGUCUUUCCAUCACUAGCUGACAUCAGGCAGGACAUCAAUCCAUCUUCAUCCCCCUCCUCUUCUCCCCAGCCCUCCUCUCAGAGCACUGCUGUAAGAGUUAGGUCAUGCUCGGAGAUUUCUCUGUAUAGUCAGGAUGAUCAGCAGAUUUAGCUCUUUUUGCUGUCAUUUGUUUGUUUGUUCUUGUUCCGUAUGAAGACAUCUUUAGACAGCUGUCAGUUUGAGUUCGAUUAAAAAAAAACUUUUGAUAA